AUGGCAACUCGCGUGGGCAUCAAUGGGUUCGGGCGUAUCGGCAGGCAGGUGCUGCGGGCGAUCAUGGAGCGCCAUGCGGGCAAGUUGGAGGUUGUCUCCGUCAACGACAACUCCGAUGCGAAGACUAACGCGCAUCUAUUCAAGUACGACUCCACAUACGGCAGAUAUCCGGGCACUGUGGAAGUUACAGGUGCGAGCAUAGUCAUAGACGGGAAUGAGAUAAGGGCAUUUUCGGAAAGAGAUCCCUCCAAUCUGAGUUGGGGCGACGAAGGCGUUGACCUCGUGAUCGAAUGCACGGGUGCCUUCACCAAUGCGGGCAGGUCGGCGGCGCAUCUCGAAUCCGGAGCGAAGAAGGUUAUCAUCUCCGCUCCGGCCAGUGGCGAGGACAUUACGCUCGUCCUGGGAGUGAACGAACAUCGCUACGACCCGCAGUUACACAACAUAAUCUCCAACGCAUCCUGCACCACGAACUGCAUUGCGCCUAUGGCCAAAGUGCUCAACGACAGCUUCGGUGUCGAGCAGGGGCUGAUGACCACGAUUCAUGCCUACACGAACGACCAGCGGAUGCUGGACGGGGGACACUCGGACUUGCGGCGGGCGCGCGCAGGCGCGGUGAACAUCAUUCCCACUUCGACGGGCGCGGCCAAGGCUGUCGGCAUUGUGCUGCCUGAGCUGAACGGCAAGCUGAACGGCAUGGCUAUGCGCGUUCCGACACCGACCGGCUCGGUAACAGACUUCGUUGCCACGCUGAAGCAGCCCGCGUCCGCCGGCGAGGUGAACGCAGCGUACAAGGAGGCUGCCGCCAAUGGGUUGAACGGCGUGCUGGAGUACAGCGAGGAACCGCUAGUCAGCAGCGACAUUGUACGAAACCCGCAUAGCUGCGUUCUGGACGCCCUAUCGACAAUGACCGUUGGCGACAACAUGGUCAAGGUAGUGGGCUGGUACGACAACGAGUGGGGAUACAGCUGCCGCACCGCUGACCUUGCCGCAUUCAUUGUGGACAAGGGCCUUUAG